AUGUCUUCUGCAAGAGAACUAUUGAAACAGGCUCGAUUACAGAGAAAUGGAACAAAUACUCGAAAACGCGCUGAUCGUUUUCAAUCGGCUACUCCAAAACGCGUAAAAAAACAAGAAACAGAAGCGCCAAGAGACAAAAACCAAAAUGAACCGUUAUUAAAAGAUAAAACGGAAGAUCAUUCUCUUCGAGAAGAAGAUAAAGGUACACCUAUACUCCCAGUUGAUUUUUUCGACAAAACCAGUACCGGUAACAAUACCGCGAUAGACGAAGAGUGGUCGAACUUUGAGAAAGAUAUAGCAGAAGUUACAUCUAAACAAACUGAAGCUAAAGAUCUAGCACAACGGGAGAAUGAACUAAUACGUCAACUAAAAGAAGAAAAACUACUCGAUUCAAAUAAUGAAUAUUCAACACCAUCUAUGAAUAAACAAGAACCCGAUGACACAAUUCACGACCUAGAUCUUUUUUAUGAAGAAGAGUCUUAUAUGACUACGCUCCGAGAUCGUUUAGAAAAACUCAAAAACUUUCGACCAAAAGAUAAUACUCUUAAUGCCGUUAACGAUGAGACGAAUAUAACCAACGUUGACGCUCUCAUGAAUGUCGAGGAAAGUGCCUCUGAGGAUGAAGACGAUUGGAGACGUCGGUAA